UAAUUAUUAAAAAUAAUGGCAAAUGCUACAACUAAUUUAACAGUUUCGUAACUAUUAAAAACAAAAAGUGAAUUAGACGACGAACCGAAGAAAAAAUCGCGCGAAGAUUGGCGUAAAGCGAAAGAAUUAGAAGUAAGAAAAGCGAGUAUUCUUGAUGAAGAAGGUAAAGAUAUAAACCCUCAAUACAUAGCGAUAGCACCUUGGUAUUACGGAACAAGUGGGCCUACCUUAAAACAUCAACGACCUCAAGAUGACAAAGAAGGUAAUUUCUCAAAAUUGGAUGAAUGGUACAAAAGAGGCGUUGAUAACGCGCGAACCAUCACUAAAUAUCGUAAAGGCGCAUGUGAGAAUUGUGGGGCAAUGACCCAUAAAAAAAAAGAUUGCAUGGAACGCCCCCGUAAAGUUGGGGCUAAAUUUUCUGGGGCCAGUAUAGCCCAUGAUGAGUUCAUCCAGGCUAAUUUAAAUCUAUCGUACGAUGGGAAAAGGGAUAGAUGGAGCGGAUAUGACCCAUCAGAACAUAAAGCGAUUAUCGAGGAGUUUCAAAAAGUCGAAGAGGCCAAAAGACAAUUACGAGCCGAUAAAUUAGAUGCUCAAGAUAGUCAAGACGACGAAGACGAACGCCAAGAUGAAGAUAAAUAUGUAGAUGAAGUUGAUAUGCCCGGAACGAAAGUCGACAGCAAACAAAGAAUAACAGUUAGAAAUUUAAGAAUUCGCGAAGACACCGCGAAAUAUUUAAGAAAUUUAGACCCAAAUUCAGCUUAUUAUGACCCAAAAACGCGAUCGAUGAGAGAAAAUCCCAAUCCAAAGCUAGAUGAUAUGUAUUCGGGCGAAAAUUUUGUUCGAUUUACCGGAGAUACAAGAAAACAUGCAACAGCUCAAUUAUUCGCUUGGGAAGCUUACGAGAAAGGUGUGGACGUCCAUUUAUUAGCAGAACCAACAAAAUUGGAGAUGUUACAAAAAGAAUACGACAGCAAAAAAGAACAAUUUAAAACGAAAGUUCAAAAAAGUGUUUUAGAAAAAUACGGAGGCGAAGAACACUUAGAAGCACCCCCAAAAUCACUUUUACUCGCCCAAACCGAAGAUUACACCGAAUACUCCCGAUCGGGAAAAAUCCUAAAAGGACAAGAAAAAGAAAUAAUUCGUUCGAAAUACAAAGAAGAUAUUUAUAUUAAUAAUCACACCUCCGUUUGGGGUUCUUAUUGGACCAAUGGAAAUUGGGGUUAUAAAUGUUGUCAUUCGUUCAUUAAAAAUUCUUAUUGUCUUGGAGAGGCAGGUUUUGAAGUUAACAAACCCGAUGGUUUUGGUUUUGAUGAAAUUAAAAUUGAAGAAAAUAAAGUUAAUAACGAAGAAAUAAAGUUGGCGUCGUCUGAAAAUUCUUCCAGUGAUGAUGAGAAUGAAACUAAGAAAUCAAAGAAGAAAAAUAAGAAGAAAAAAUUGAAAGAAAAGAAGAAGUUGAAGAAGGUGGAGGAUAAAUUGCAGAAAGCUUUGGAGAAAGAAGAUGAACAACAAAAGUUUGCGGGGGAAAUAUUGAAAAUGGACGAAAGGAAGCGGCCCUAUAAUAGUAUGUACGAAGUUAAGAAACCUACCGAAGAGGAAAUGGAGGCGUAUUAUAUGAAGAGGAGGAGAGAGGAUGAUCCGAUGAAUCAAUUUAUUUAGGAUUAUAUGGAAUACUUAUAUUUGAAAUGUCUUUUAAUAAUAAUACUAAUAAUAAAUAAGAGUUAUAAUAAAAUA